AGACCGCCUUUAGCUCUCCAUCUGCACAAAGAGCCCGGCCUCCUCCCGGAUGACAUCACAAAGGGCCGGUUCUCCGCCCCUUCGGCGCCACCACGUGUGUCCCCGGGCUGAGUGGCCACCCGUCUCAGUCCCUCGCCGGCCGGUCUGGGCAGCGGAGGAGGCGAGUGGUUGGUAGCGGCUGGAGGCUUCGCUAUGGGAAGCCGUUCCUUCGCUGUGUCUCCGUCAGCCCUGCUCCCUGGUUCUCCGCAGCCCCUGUCGCUGGAGAGCACCGGGAGGCGCGGGUUCCAAGCGCGCCUGCUUCUCUCCGCCCGGGCGCCCGCGCCCCUGGGCAGGUGCUGAGCGCCUUCCCGAGCCUCCUCUGCCGCCUCCCUCUUCCGCCCGGCCGCCCGGCUACUGCAGUGCACAUGGGCUGCUGGAGGUAGAUGGGCUCCCCGCCUGGGAGGCGGCGGUGGAUGCGGCGCUGGGCAGAAACAGCCACCGAUUCCAGCUGCCGUGGGGCCGCGCGCUCCAGGCGCCCCUGCGAGCCCCGGGCUCAGCCAUGGGGACCUCGGCAAGCAGCAUCACCGCCCUCGCCUCUCGCAGCCGCAUCGCCGGCCAAGUCGGAGCCACGAUGGUCGCCGGCUCCCUUCUCCUGCUUGGAUUCCUCAGCACCACCACAGCUCAGCCGGAACAAAAGACUCCGAGUCUCACGGGCACAUACCGCCAUGUUGACCGUACCACUGGCCAGGUGCUAACCUGUGACAAGUGUCCGGCAGGAACAUAUGUCUCCGAGCACUGUACCAACAUGAGCCUGCGAGUUUGCAGCAGUUGCCCCGCGGGGACCUUUACCAGGCACGAGAAUGGCAUAGAGAGAUGCCAUGACUGUAGUCAGCCAUGCCCGUGGCCGAUGAUCGAGAGGUUACCUUGUGCUGCCUUGACUGACCGGGAAUGCAUUUGCCCACCUGGAAUGUAUCAAUCUAAUGGCACCUGCGCUCCCCAUACAGUGUGCCCCGUGGGCUGGGGUGUGCGGAAGAAAGGGACAGAGAAUGAAGAUGUGCGGUGUAAGCAGUGUGCUCGGGGUACCUUCUCUGAUGUGCCUUCCAGUGUGAUGAAAUGCAAAGCCCACACAGACUGUCUGGGUCAGAACCUGGUAGUGGUCAAGCCUGGGACCAAGGAGACAGACAACGUCUGUGGCACACGCCUGUCCUCCAGCACACCCCCACCUACCCCUGGCACAGCUACCUUUUCUCACCCUGAGCACAUGGAACCCCAUGAAGUCCCUUCCUCCACCUAUGAGCCCCAAGGCGUGAACUCAACAGAACCCAACUCUACUGCCUCUGUUAGACCAAAGGUACCAAGUGGCAUCCAGGAAGGGACAGUUCCCGACAACACAAGUUCAACCAGUGCGAAGGAAGGCACGAACAAGACCCUCCCAAGCCCACCCCAAGUUACUCACCAGCAAGGCCCCCACCACAGACACAUCCUGAAGCUGCUACCGACAUCCAUGGAGGCCACUGGGGAGAAGUCCAGCACAGCCAUCAAGGCCCCGAAGCGGGGCCAUCCCCGGCAGAACCUGCACAAGCAUUUCGACAUCAACGAACAUUUGCCUUGGAUGAUUGUGCUCUUCCUUCUGCUGGUGCUCGUGCUGAUCGUGGUGUGCAGCAUCCGCAAGAGUUCCAGGACUCUCAAAAAGGGGCCCCGGCAGGAUCCCAGUGCCAUCGUGGAAAAGGCAGGGCUGAAGAAGUCCUUGACUCCGACCCAGAACCGCGAGAAGUGGAUCUACUACUGCAAUGGCCACGGUAUUGACAUCUUGAAGCUUGUAGCAGCCCAGGUGGGCAGCCAGUGGAAGGACAUCUAUCAGUUUCUUUGCAAUGCCAGCGAGAGGGAGGUGGCUGCUUUCUCCAAUGGAUACACCGCAGACCACGAGCGAGCUUACGCAGCCCUGCAGCACUGGACCAUCCGUGGCCCCGAGGCCAGCCUUGCCCAGCUAAUCAGCGCCCUGCGCCAACACCGACGCAAUGACGUGGUGGAGAAGAUUCGUGGGCUGAUGGAAGAUACCACGCAGUUGGAAACUGACAAAUUGGCCCUCCCCAUGAGCCCCAGUCCACUGAGCCCAAGCCCCAUCCCCAGUCCUAACGUGAAGCUUGAGAACUCCACCCUCCUGACAGUGGAGCCCUCCCCUCUAGACAAGAACAAGGGCUUCUUCGUGGACGAGUCGGAGCCUCUUCUGCGCUGCGACUCCACAUCCAGUGGCUCUUCUGCCCUGAGCAGGAACGGCUCCUUUAUUACCAAAGAAAAGAAAGACACGGUGUUGCGGCAGGUCCGCCUGGACCCCUGUGACUUGCAGCCCAUCUUUGACGACAUGCUCCACAUCCUGAAUCCCGAGGAGCUGCGGGUGAUUGAAGAGAUCCCCCAGGCUGAGGACAAACUGGACAGGCUCUUCGAGAUCAUCGGGGUCAAGAGCCAAGAAGCCAGCCAGACCCUCCUGGACUCCGUGUACAGCCAUCUUCCUGACCUGUUGUAGAACACGGGGGCACCGCAUUCUGGAAACCGACCAGCUCCAGGGUGGCUUCAUUUCCUUUCCGACUUUUGUGUUCUGGUGUGCGCGUGCGCAUAUGUAUGUGUCUAACGGAGUAUGUGGCUGGUGCUUGAGUUUGGGGUUUGGAGAUUUUUCUUUUCUUUCUUUCUUUUUUUCCUCUCCUUGAAAGUGAAUUGAUAAAGCCUUUUUGAUGUAUAACUGUUGGGAAAUGCCCACCACUAAAGUUUUUUUUUUAAAUUUCACAUAUUCUCCAUUUUUUGCCUUCUUACAUAUUUUCGGAACUGUUCUGCGCACUUUAAAAACUUAAGGUAAAAGCAGUGUGACUUUUUCCACAUGCUGGGUUCUGAGACUCUUAACUCCUUAAAAACACAAUGGCAUCUUGUGACUUCUAUAAGCAGAUAUAAGUGUCUCAGCAUCCAUGCCUACUCUUUCUGGUUUGCUUGGGUUUUUCCCCCCCUCUUUAUCUUACUGUUUGUUUUUUACAAGUGUUCUUAAGGACCGAGGGUAUUUAAGACCCUGUUGAUUACUGUAAUGCAAUUAGACUCCGAGUUAUCUUUCUCAUGUCUUGUCGUAUAGUUCAUAUUCAUGGCUGAAACUUGACCACACUCUCUAUCGCUGAUUGUAUGGUUUUUGUCUGGACACCGUACACUGCUUGGUAACUUGCGCUCCUCUUAACGCUGAUACACUUUGGGCUGGAGACCGAAGUCCUCACAUCCUGAGGACCUGCUGUUUCCGUGGCUUGUCACCCGGGCCACCAAAGAACUUGAUCUUCAUCCUUAGGGCCGGCUCUGCUGCACCUUGGGAAGUCAACCUUGCGUGCCAGUGGCAGCUUUUGCCCGGCUUUGCUUUGAAAGAUUUUUUUUUUUUUAAAUACACAUAGUCAAUAGAUCCAGCUUGCCCUCAAGGCCUGGCUGGGUUUUGUCGUCAUUCAACCACUUUAAUUAAGAAUGGCUGCAGCUGUAAGAACUCUUGUCUGAUAUAUUUGCACCUGUGCUCUCCCUUACCCACCUGCCCGCUGACACUCAGCUGUGGGGCUCUCCUGCAGAGGUGGGGCCUGCUGCCUUUGUAUGGGCGGGCUUAGUGGUAAGGAACUGAUAUCAGAAAAAUGCCUUCAAGUAUACUAAUUUAUUAAUAAAUAUUAGGUGUUUGUUA